AUGGGCGUAAAAGAUACACUAAUCGAAAAGUAUAUUGGGGGACCGAACAUUGUCUUUUUAAAUGGCCCAGACUGGAAACGCCAUCGAAAGAUUGCUAAUCCUGCUUUCCAUCGAGCAUUUCCUGUAAGAUUAUUCGGCAACCUGACACAGACUAUGUUUAAAGUACUUGACGAAGGAGAUGUGGAUGUGAUGGACGUGUUCACACGGCUAGCGCUUGAUGCAAUUGGCACUGCUGGUUUCGGUUUUAAUUUUAAUGCAUUGCUUGAUAAGCAUAAUGAAUGGGUCGAUGGGUAUAACCAAGUCAAAGAAGGCAUGAUCAAACCGUUUUACAUUUUCUUCCCCGUUUUUGAUACCAAGCUCGUGCAUUGGUUCCCAAAACGACAGCAAGCCCACAAGAGCCUGGACAAUUUCCUAAAGAUGAUGGACACGAUUAUCAUCAACAAACGUCAAGUGAUUCAGGAAAAGAAGGCAAACAACAUUGAGGAUAACGAAAAGGAUUUGUUAACCUUGAUGAUUGAAAGUGAAAUGAAUGAAGAAGAUGGUGCUGUCAUGUCAAAUGAGGAGUUAAAGGGGGGUCAUGAUACAACGGCGUUUACACUCGCUUGUGCUGUUUACGAGUUUGCAAGAAAUCCUGACAUUCAAGAAAAAGCCAGACAAGAAGUGAUCAGUAUCCUUGGCGACGAACCUGAAGAUGUCCUUCCUACUGUUGAGCAAACAAAGCAGAUGACUUAUCUCAACCAAGUGAUGAAAGAGACACUGCGACUCCACAACCCUUUGAUCGCAACUACUUCACGUACUGCCACUGCAGACUGCGAAAUUGGUGGAGUCUUCAUCCCAAAGGGAACUCUUCUUGAUCUGGAUAUUUACAACCUACAUCGUAAUCCAGCUUGUUGGAAGAAUCCCGAGUCUUUUGAUCCAGAUCGUUAUGCCCCAGGAGGUGAAGCUGAGCGUCAACCAGGCUCAGGAUUAGCUUGGGUCCCCUUCUCUAAUGGAGGUCGUCAGUGCAUUGGAAUGAACUUUAGCUUGGCUCAACAGCGAGUGGUAUUGUCUAUGCUCCUGCGCAAGUAUUCGUUUGAACAACCUGAAAAGUCGAUCCACAAGGAUGGUAUUCAGAAACGUGGUGUCGCUUUCGGCAUCAUUUCUAUCGACGACAUGAAAAUUAACUUUAAGCGUCGAUAUUAA